AUGACCUUUACCUCCAAAGAGGAAGAAUAUGGCCACCUUACACAUGUCUCUGGUCUUAGCGUUCAAGAAGAGCUGAGUAGCGACACCAGUGAAGGACAGGCACACGCAUCCAUUAUACUAUCUCUCCAGCGCAGCCCGAUCACCAGGAACCGCGACCACAAGCAGGUAGUCCCUGCGGCCGUCUCCGUCGUCGUCUCCGCCACCAUCUACAUGAAGAUCUUCGACCUCGAGCGCGGAGUGCUCGAACGCCAUGCAGGUGCUCACCAUCGUCGCCAUCUUGACGCCCAGCCAGCAGUUUUAGUGAGACCUGUUGAUGGCCAUGCGCCGCUAAACUACCGAAUGUGCGGCCGUAUUCGUGGUUUUGACGCUGAAUUUGGCCUGGGUCGGACUUUGCCCGCAUGA